UGGUGAAGCUUCUCUAUAUAUACUUAGUCCCAAGACCCUACUGUAAUGUUGAAUGUUACAUACUGCAACACAAUCCUUUUGCAGGAUUGGCGAAUAUGCUGAAAUAUAGUAACAAUAAGAACAACAAGACCUGGAGCCAUUCAGAACGCGAAUUUCUCACUCCCCGUCAUAUUCGCUUGUCUCCUCUCCCAUGAUCUCGAUGCACUAGCCCGUUUAUCCACGAUAAACGUUCUUUAUGACCGCUCCUGACGCUUGCGAGAUAUACCUGAACCCCUCAAACCCAUGCGUAACCAUAGCCAUGACCACGAAUAACUCUUAUCUAAGAGCAUUUUCAGCGGUUCACGGUAUACUCACGACCGUCGUAUAUAGGUCCUAGCAGGGUUCGAUAUCGGUUUUCGGCUAUCUGGGCAACUAUCAUUACGUUUCCGUAUGAUACGACGACCAAAGUUUAACUUCUUAGUUUGGCAAAGGCGACAGCAGUUUGCAAUUGGCUAUCAUCCGAGAUAUACUAGUGACGAUCCAGCAGUUCAGCAGUUCUUAAUAUACUCGUUUUUCGUCGAAUCAGCCUCGUAACGGUGCAUCAUAAUGAGCGAAGCUGGUAUUUGGGAAAGAUGUAAUGCUAGUGGACCAUACCCAUCUAAUAUGGUGCGUGUUGGUGUUGAUUGUGAUGGUAUGAAGAUCUACGUUGGACGAGCAUUUCACAAGGGGGACAUGCUUCCUGCAAAAGUGAUCCCCAGGAAUAAGGUGGCCUACGUAUCUUAUAAUGGCAGAGAAAUCGCGAAAAAGGACUUUGAAGUACUACGCAACGGUUCAUUUGAGUGGAUAAACGGCUCGAAAGGUGCAGUACCGCGAACGGCCAUACGGAUUGGUCAAACAUCUCGCGGUGAACCGCUGUACAUGGGGAGAGCUAACUACAAAUAUUCGCAAACGCCGGGAAAGGUGCAACAGUCGCACGGUUGCUGCUAUUUGCCGUUUAAUGGAACUGAAGUUAGUGUUACCGAUUACGAAGUGCUGUGCGUUCGAUUUUGUUGUGAGAAUUGAAUGGUAAUAAAAAGAAAAACGAGAAGCAAUGUGUUUUUCUGUUAUCAAAUUAGUUUUAAUGUGAUAUUAUUUAGUUGCUAU